CGGAUGCGAAUGUAGCAUGUAAACAAUUAGGCAUGGUUGGCGGUGUCACGAUGUUUGCUAGAACCGGAUCUCUCAAUCCUAUGGUUUCAGCUGACUUUUCGUGCACUGGAAAAGAACAUAAGCUUGAAAAUUGUCCACAAGAUAGAAAAGGCUUUCAGGGAUGUCCAAGUGCAUUAACAUCUGGUAGAGCUGCUGGUAUUAGGUGUUACAACUCAGGCGGAACUGGAAUUCGACUACUGGGUGGUGGCAGAAACUACGGUCGCCUGGAACUCAAAUUUGGGAAUACUUGGGGCAGAGUAUGUAAUUGGAUGUGGGAUAAUAACGAUGCUACCGUAGCAUGUAAACAAUUAGGAUUUCAUAGUGGUUUUGCAAAAAGGGGGAACUAUUCAAAUGGAUUGAUCAAUAAGAACGCCUUGAUAACUAGAAGCUCGUGUGAUGGUACUGAAGAGUCUUUAUAUCAAUGUAAAAGUUGGUGGAAUCCUCCAAUAGAGAAGACUCAGUGUGCUGAUGCUGGUGUAAUCUGUCACAACACAAUUCGUUUGAUAAAUGGUAAUUACAUAUCGGCUGGGUCUAUUGGUGUAAACAUUAAUGGUAUAUGGGGCACUGUUUGUGAUCACAAUUGGUCGGAUCAAAAUACAGCUGUAGCCUGUAAAGAAUUGGGAUACGAUAAUGGGGUGAGUGCAUGUUGUUCAGCGUAUGGCAAUCAACCAAUCGCCAUAAUGGAAAAUGUGCAGUGCAAAGGAUCUGAAAGCCGCCUUGUAGACUGCAGCCACGAAGAUCCACAGACGCAUAGCUGUUUUCAACAUAGUGUGGCUGUUAUCUGCUUUAAUGGGAAAAAAUCGAAAGCAUUUACUUGGAAUCUCGGUGGUGGUAAUAAUUAUACGGGAGAAGUAAUAGUUAAUUAUUUGGGUACACCUGGUAGCAUCUGUUCUGAUGAUUGGGAUGAUAAUGAUGCUAGAGUAGCUUGUAGAGAACUGGGUUAUAGAAAUGGAACAGCCUAUAAUCAUGUCCGAUUUGAUUAUUAUUUUUCUUCUAAUGGACCUUACUGGAUUAGUAAAUUGGCGUGUAAUGGUUCAGAGGGCAAUCUUGCAGAGUGUGCUAUGUCCAUGCCGCUUGGUGGGGUUACCAGGUGUUCAAGUAUGAGAUCAGCUGGUAUAUUCUGUUCAGAUAAUGUAGAUUCACCCUCAAAAUAA